CUUGAGAACAGAACCAAAGAAAUUUUGUAAUUUUUUCAAAACAGACUUCAAAACAUCGCCUGCGAUGUUCCGCGCUCUUAUUCUGUGCAAACUCCACAAUGAAGCUUUUAGAGAAAACGGGAAUCAUUGACAACCCUCCAGAUAAUUUGGAGCAAACCGAAAAUGCUGAAAAAGUCGACUUUACCAAGGUGCUGCAACCUGGCACCCCUUCGCAGGGCGAACAAAAUGUGUUUGAAAGGAUUGAGGGUGAAAUUGAGAGACAGCUAACGGAUAAGGCUGAAAAGUGCAACCUCACAGUGUUGAAUGUAAAAAACAUAAUUCGCCAAGUGCUGACCAAUGACCAUGUUAAGGCUCUGUUGGAUAAGGGCACUGCGGAACAAGCCAAACAGGAACUGUCUGCUUUUGGACCGAAGUUGACCCGGGCGAAGACCAAAGAAUUGCUGGCGGCAAGAGACAUACCAAUUCCCCAAGUGAAAAUUCCUUGGAUACCCGUACCACCUCCUUCUGAGGCUCUGGUUUUGAUUGGAGAAGAUUUGAAAGAAGAUGACUCUGGCGAUGAAUAUAUUCCAAAGAAAGAGAUUGCAAAGCGUGACUCAGUGGCCAGAUCAUCAGAUGCUGCCACUUUACCUCCACCCACUCCUCCAACUCCCAUGUGCACGGAAGAUCAUGCAACCCAAACCAGCAACUGCACUGGGGAUGGUGUACUGAAAGUCCCCCUUGCCACACCAGCCCAAGGCGCUUCAGUGGAAGUUACCAACAUGGCUCUCAGAACUCGCUCGAAAAUAAACCUAAGCUCCACGUCUUUGGAAGAUAUCGAGAAAGCGUUUAUUCCUCCUGAUAUUACCACGGACAUGUACGACAUGGAGUGCGAUGAUGACGAGUGGAGGAACUUUCUCAAGGGCUUCACUGAACCUCUGGACGAAGUCACCAAGCAUACAGAGGAUGAAGAACUAGACCCCGAAUACAACAUAAUGGCAGAUGACCAAAUCAACCAAUUUGAUAAUGAGGACUUUCGCAUGGACAAAGCUGUUAAAAUAACCAAAAAAGAAGUUAAAGAACUCUAUGAAGAGCUCUUUGACUACCUCAACAGUUUAUCUGAAGAAUACGAUGGAACUAAUGGAACCAAUGAAAACAACCAGUUGUCGGAAAUAAUCGAAAAAUCCUAUCAUGCAAUGGAAAACCCCGACUUCAUUCCAGAUGCACAGCAGCAACAAGAUACUCUUCAGAAUCUAGGGACCAAUCAGAAUGCAACCGUGCUAAUAGAUAUUAAAAUCGAGCUACCCCAACUGCAGAUCAUUGAACAACAAAUGAGGCAACAUGUGCAGAUGUUGACCCAAAACUUCUUCCUUACCUACGAACACCCGGAGUAUCACAGUUACAGCAAAACACUCAAGGAAUAUCUGCUGAACUUGAAGUUUUUGGCUAAUGGCAAGAACUAUUCGAUGUUUAGCCCAGUGAAUCUGCUGCCUGCACUGGAUUUGAUAGAGAAAUGGGAAGUCUUGUGCGCGUCGAACAGCGAGACUGUGCGACAAUGUCGAGAGCAUGUUCAGCAACAGCUUCUGAAAUCAAUCCAAUACAGAAUGGGUAGAAACUGGGAAUUUAUAGCAACGUUUCCAAAACUAAUACUGGAAACAAUUUCGAACAGUGAAGUGUUCGUGUAUCCUGGAUUGCUGCCUAAAAUCCCGUUCAAGUCUCAGGAAUUUUCCAGCUAUCGAAGCAGCUUUACCGAAGCUGAAGAUCACUUGCUGGCAUUCAGUUUGGACCAGUUCAGAAAUUUCUUAGGGAAUAAUACUAGUACUAGAGAAGUAGUUUCUCAUGUGAAGGAGCUCAUAAUGCCACAUAGGGACGUGACUAAAAUCAUGCGGCACAUAAGGAAUAGGAAACACCCUCAAAGCCCGUCCAACCCUAUUCAGCAAUACCUAUUGCACAACAAACUAAGGCCUGUUGUGCAUUAUUUUUAUCCAUUGAACGAAAUCGUACCCCCCUACAAACGGUGUCCGGAAGAGCUUCCCGAGCAGUGGAGAAAUUUCAUACAUCCAGCUGGAUUGACCCCAGUUAAAGCCCCGCUUUCCGUUUACAAGAGCCUCCAUACCAAGCAGCAAUGUUUAACGCCUCAAGUGAUUCUAAUCAAUAAUUCACUGGGUGGAAGCACUGUAUUCAACAGCUCCGGUCUUUCGACGAACCCCAGUAAAUUAGUUGUGUCCAAUACGUCAAUGUAUGGAAGUCCUAUAGAGGGCAAUCAGACGGUUUGGGAAUAUUUAAGUGGACUACAACAGCAUUCGAUACAGUCUACUCCACCCUUGCAAUUCUGGUUAAACGACGUAGCGGCAUCAUCAAGCUUUGCUGCUGUAUCAAAUAGUAGCUCCCCGAGCAAGCAAAGUUCAACAAGCAAUCUAACUACGGUUGAACGCGUAGUGUCUAUAUUUCUUAGACCAAUAGCUGUGCAGAAACUCGUUGGAUUUCUGGUAAAAGCAGAUCAAGGGAAAGUCAACCAGUCUGGGCGAUUAACUACGCCAAAUCGAUCCUCCAGAAUGGCCGAUUUGGGAGCUACUCUCGAUGCUAGUGGAAAACCUCAACAGGAAAAUGAGGAGAAGAACCGUGCGAUUUCUAAUGAAACUGCCUCUCUAAUAAUUGCCUCAUCAAUAGAAGAACAGAGGAAGCCGGAAACGACAACAACCUCCACCGCUGAAGAACCCAAAAGAUUGAAAGUGGCAAGAAAUAUAGAGUUUUCCACCAUAAUGAGCAGCAGUUUCCAAAAAUCAAAUACCAGUAGUGAGGUGGAGUUUUGCAGGAAUGCUAGUGAUAUGCCCAUUUGCCAGACCUCCCAAAGUGACGAAAAUGAUGGGCCUGUUGCUAGUGGGGAUAAUUCGCAAGCAAUCGACUCUGAGAAGGACAAUCCCGAAGAUAUCAAUGAACUCUUAGUGGCCAGUACGACUCUAAAGCCUGAUAGUAAAUCUAAUGCCAAGAGAAAGGUAUCAACAGCGGAAAGGAAGAAAAACAAGCUGAGGAAGGAAUUUUUAACAAACUUAGCGAUUGCCACUCCAGAUAAUCCCGACAACGAAAGACACAAAAACGAGAUGUUUGCAGUGGCAUACUACGAUAAGCUUCGCGAGACUCUGGAAUUCGAAGACUAUCACAAAAUAAUGCGCAUUUUGAAUGAUUUUGGAGCGGGCGAUGUAAUCGAUCUUUACAACGAUGUACAGGCGAUUCUGGUGCCCAAGUAUCACGAACUUGCUGAAGAUUUCCUAUUCUUUCUUCGGCAAAAAGAAGCAGCUACAGUGGGGAAGUUAAUUCCUUGGUUGCAAAUGCAGACAAGAGUCAAGUUUCUGCGCAAACUGGAGGUUUGCUUCAAGGACCAACCAACACAGUUGAAGCGCGUCUAUAACACUCUAAUGGAGCUAUCGAAGAACGAGAGUAUCAACAUGGAAAAAAUAAAAGCCACGUUGAUACCAAUGUUAAAGGGAAGUAAAAUUUUGAUGGAUUUGCUACUGCAGGGCUUUAAAGACGAACCGCCGCCGCCAAGUUUAUUGGAGGGUCCUUACGAGACGAUUGAUAUAAACAAAGAACUGGCGCGUCCAGAUAAUGAAGAAAUGUAUGAGACGUUUGUAGUGCCGAACACUGAAGACAAAUACGGAGGCCAAAAUUGCAUCUGCCACUGCCACAGGAUUGAAGACAAUGAAUACAAGAGUAGAUUUAAACAUUGCAACUCGUGUGGUCUAAAGUUUGUCAAUGGAAAACUUUACCUAUCAGUAGGAAGAUCAUUCCAGCCGGCCACAAUAGCAUUUAAAACCAACCGGCAUAUUAAUCAUAAUGCGCGAUUAAUGAGCAAAUCCGCAACUGCUGGUUUUAGCCAUAAAAAGAAACGACCUGAUAACAGCCCUAAUAAAAUAUCGGGCUUUACUGCCAAAGAAGCUCUAGAAGAAGACACUGAAGAUGAGGAAUUGGGAAAACGGAAAAAAUCGAUAUCCAGAACCCCAAGAAAGCGCGUCAAAUUAUCUUCGCCAAAAAAAUCACCUGGACGAUGUAGCGAUUCAGCUGAAAACACAAAGCAUAGAAAGCGCACAUAUUCGAGCAGAAAAUCCAAGAAAGACGAGGGCAAAAGGCGAGACAUGGAGACUGAAAAUAGGCAUGAACAAAUGGAAGAACGAGAAGGCCAAUCGGUGGAAUUAAAAGCGGAAAAGUAUCCGGUAGUUGCAGACGUCGAUGAGAGCGAGCAUGAGGCUAGUGAAGAACAACGAGAGAAAUCGACAGAAUACUGCAUGGAUUCAUCUGGGGAAUCUUUAGAAAAAUCACUGACUCCCGAACAACACACGAUGGAAUCCGAAACAGAGUUAGACGUCGAGGAAUCUUCACAAGACAACUACGAAAGUGAUGAGUCCAGUUCUUCAACAGAAAGUACAAAAGGUUCCCAAAGCGAUAGCAAUACGAACGACGAACCUGCCUGGGGACGAGAGGAAGACACAAUUAUUCUGGAGACCAUUCAAAAGGAGGACGAUAAGGAAUACGCCCUUCAAAUUAUAUCAGAUAAACUUCCAAAUAGAACAGUCGCUCAAAUCAGGAGUCGGCUCUCAAGGCUCGUUAAUCUUUUGAUUGAAACUUUAAAAAGCAAAUAAAUAUUCAAUCAGUUGAUUCGUCUAGAAGCUCCUUCAACUUGUAAUAAACCACAAUUGUAUAUACUUUCCUGGCUGUGUUUCAAUUCCAAAUCAAAUUCAUUCCUGGGUUUCAGUCAUUUAUUGUCUCUAUUUAUCAAUCAAAAUACGUUUCGGUGUAUUUUUCCACCAUCAUCAGUUUUUAUGUGUAGCGUUGUUGCUGCUUUAAGCCUUGGCAUGCAUUUUUUGGCGAGCAAGAAAGAGCGAUGAAUUUGAUUUGGAUAAACCACAAUAAUAUUGUUGUGUAAAGUAAGAAUGUUCCUGUGAUUCAUAAUAAAGUAGAUUAAAGUCUU